AUGGCUCACCACAGCCCGCAAGACUAUGACUAUUCCCGUCGCUACUUGCGCGAGGACAUAGUCGAUGAACGCGACCCUCGCUACUUCGAUAACCGCGAAUAUAGCGAGUCUGCCCGGAACCGUGACCGUGAUCUCGUUCCCCGGGCGGAUCCUCGCGACAGCACCGUUUCUGUAGAGGAAGUUCGCCGCGACUUCCCUCCACCUACCGGACGAGACUACGUUCACCAAGAUGUGCGCCGUGCUCGUUCUGCAGAGCCUGGCUACUACCAGGAGGAUUAUGAAUAUCGCCGCACCUAUGGAACCCGCUUGGAUGCUCGGGAUGAACGUUACUCGAGACAUGGCGGUAGCCACUACGGCGAUGAUGACCGCGACAGGAAGCCCAAGCACAGCAAGUCCAUGUCGAAACAAGAGAAAAUCAUUGCUGCCGUCGCCGGAGCCGCCCUGCUCGUAGGUGGCAAGGAACUCUAUGAUCGCCAUGAAGCAAAGAAGGAGGGCGGUACUCCAGUGCAGCGCAACGCCUUGUCAUCGGCCGCUCUCGCUGGCCUUGGUGCAUUUGCUGCCUACCAAGGUGCUGAAUUCUACAGCAAGCAACAGGCAAGGAAAGACCAAAAGGCAAACUACAUUCUCCAGCGUGGCCGUGAUGGUCGUCUUGAUGAAUACUACUCGGACGACGAAGCCGAUAGUAGGGAGAAAAAGGGCCACAAAAACUUUCUGGAGAGUGCCUUGGCCGCUACUGGCCUUGGAGCCGCCGUCAAGAGUCUGACUGGCGUGGGCGAUGACAGGCACUCUGAUACUCGAAGCCGCGGCGGUAGCCCCGGUUCACGAAGCGUUCGCUCCGGCUCCGGCUCCAGAGCCGGUGGAGGUGCCAGCAAGAAGCAAAAAGUUGCCAUGGCAUCGCUUCUUGCUGGAGCCACCGAGGCCUUCCGUGUCGCCAAAGAGCCUGGCGGUUGGAGAGGAGAAAAGGCUAAGAGAAUUCUCACUGCCGCCGCCGGUGCCGCCACUGUGGAUGCCGCCCACGGAGCAGACCACGGAAAGCUUGGCCUUGCUGAAUCAGUCAUUGGCGGUCUGAUUGGUAACCGCUUGAUCAACGGCUCCAGGAAUGAUAUUGAAGAAGAUCGCCGCACCGGCAGGAGCCGCUCUCGAUCUCGUGCACGAUCAAAGGAUGGUCGUGGAGGCGUCGGCCUCGCAGCACUCGCAACGGCUGGAUUGGGUGCUCUUGGCGCAAAGAAGGCCUUUGAUCGAUCCAGGUCCCGCGGUGAUCGAUCCAGGUCCCGCGGGCGCGACUAUGAUUCCCGAAGCCCGUCGAGGGAUCGCAGCCGAAGCCGAAGCCGCAGUGUCGUAGACAGAGCACGGGAUGGCCUUGCCAAGCUAGGCUUUGGUAGUGGUGCCAUGGUGGCCGCUGAUGAUCGUCGGCGACGAAACGACUACGACGACGACGACUACGAUGAUCGAGGCUCGCGCCACUCUGGCCGACGGGAUGAUGAUCAUGUUUACGAUGAUCCUCGAUACCGCCGCCGUGGCCAUGACUCUGAUCGCAGAAGUCGCGGUGCUUCCCGCGACCCUUCUCGAGACCGUUCUCGAUCUCGAGACCAGUCGCGCCGGAGAGGCGGCUAUGGAUCUGAAUCUGACCUAGGAGAUUCUGACGAGGAUGACAAGAGGGCCAAGAAAAUGAGAGAUCACCGACGCUAUUGAUCUCUUGUUCUUUGCGGAGAAAAAGGAAUCAAUCCGAGAGGAGGGCUCGCUGCAGCUGCGGAGAAGCGAUACGCCUAAGCAAGGCCAUCAUCCGAUCAAUCGACGCGAGUCAAUAGCAAUUCAUCGGAUGCAUUAGCCAGGUUUGGUAUUUUACAUGGAUAGGCGGCAUAUGUCCAUGUAAGUCGGCAUGCAGCGAUGCGGUUUUGAUUGGACUCAUGGACGAUGGUAAUGUUGGGUAACGUGAGAAAAUCCGGAUUUAGGAUCAAGUGGGAAGGGAUGUGCAACAGCUUCGGCACAGACGGCCCAGGACGGGCACUGGCGACGAAGGGUUGUUGGGCAGAUCUCGAUGACUGGGACUCUUGGGUUGGAAAACAGGUUGAGGGACGAAUUUCUUGGAUGGCUUACAUUGAUUUCCCCGGCUGUGGGUGGCCCAACAAGGCCUCACGCAUAUUUACGAAUCAUGACUGCUGACGCUAAUGAGUGCUAUUACGCUUUUAUGUAAUGAAAAGAUAAAAGACUAAAUAAAAACAAUGUUUUAUGCUACUA